CAAUAAUUUUACGGCUAUCGGGCCGGCGCCAUUUUACAGUCGCAGUCGCCUCAGUGUCGUGUAUGUCGGAAAGAGACCUGAAAGCUCAAAACUCGUCGAAUUUUAGUAGCUAAUUUUUAAACGUAAGCUCCUGUUUUUGCUGCAGCUUUUUUGAACAACGGCGACCCAGGAUGGAACUGCUCAACUCGCUGUCUCCUACUCUCCCCUACUUCCAUCAUGACAGCUGGCUUUCCACUGGUAGCAGCGUAAUGGCCAGCAACGUGACCAACAAAACUGACCCACGCUCACUGAACUCGCGCGUGUUCAUCGGGAACCUGAACACGCUGCUGGUGACCAAGGCCGACGUGGAAGCCAUCUUUAGCAAGUACGGCAAGAUUGUGGGCUGCUCCGUUCACAAGGGCUAUGCCUUUGUGCAGUACUCCAAUGAGCGGAAUGCACGCGCCGCAGUGGCCGGCGAAGACGGUCGCAUGAUCGUAGGCCAGGUGUUGGAUAUUAACUUGGCGGGUGAACCCAAGCCUCACCGAUCGAAGAACAUCAAGCGAUCUGCGGGUGAUAUGUAUAGCUCGACUUUUGAUCUGGACUAUGACUUUCAGAGGGAUUACUAUGACAGGAUGUACUCGUACCCCUCCCGGGUGCCGCCGCCUCCUCCACCCCUGUCCCGGGCAGUGAUUCCAUCCAAGCGUCCACGGGUGAGUGCCAGUGGUGGGGGUGGCCGACGCACCAAGAGCAGUUUUUCCUCUUCCUCCAAAAGCAGCCAGAGAAUCUCCUCAUCAUCUUCACGUGCUGUAAAGGCAGAUGACCUGCAGACUAUAAAGAAAGAACUAACACAGAUCAAACACAAGGUGGACUACCUGCUGGAGAGCCUGGAACGCAUGGAAAAGGACCACAACAAGAAGUCAGAAGGCAAAAGUUUGAAAUCAGAGCCUGGGGAAGUUUCCUCACUUCAGCACUCCAGCAGCAAGAAAGACGAGAGCGGGAAAAGGGAGAGGGAGAGAGAGGCACCGGAACUUAACGACUCUGAAGAGGAGGGAGACUUGUUGGAGGAAGAGGAGGUGAAGAGUCGAGGGAGGGAGGAAGACAAUGAUGAUGAGGAGGAAGAGGGGGAGCAAGAAGAAGGAGAAGACGAUGGUGAUAGCGCCAAUGGGGAUGACGACUCGUAGAUGCAGCAGGAGACGCACGGCUUGCAUGCACAUGGUCCCGUACAAAAAAUCAAAUCAGCUGAACUCACAAUUUGUAGCACACAGGAGUGAAACAGAGUAGAACAAAAUUGUAUAAACUUUGCUGUCAAUCCACACGCAUUGUACAGACGCCUUUCUGAUCCAUACUCUUCAUUAAUCUGUAUGCAAACUACUGGCUAUACUAAAUCUGUCAAAAUUCAUCUACAGUCACCUCCCACCGUUUCCUUCUGCAGAUGUUAUGUUUUGUUCUGUCUCCUACCUGCUUUUAAUGUAGUGGCUACCAGCCUUCCUACUCUUUGAAAAGCUUGAAGUGAAGGCAGAUGUCCUCAUUUCGGAACCAGGACAACUGCAGUAAAAAGUUCAGGGAAGGAAAAGAGUAAGAUGCAGAGAGGCAGAUACAUUCAUUGAACAAAAAAAAAAAAAACCUGUGUUGCAUGAUGGCUGGUUUCUUUACGGAAUGUCUGUGAUGUGUUGCAGUUGUUUCUUUUGGCCAGUAGAUGGCAGUAAGAGACAAUGGCUUUGUGUCUGUUUACUGUAUUUAAGGCAAAUAGGAUUUGGUACUAUAGUUAAACUGUUUUACAUUUUCGAAAAACGGUAGUUAUCAGAUUUCUGUUGAACAGCAGUUUUUUUCCUUUGAAUAGUGAAGAUUUCUGUAAUUACAUGGAAGACUAUAAAGUACUUUGAAUUAUCCAAAUUCUCUGUAAUGCACCGAAUUCAUGUUGUUUUUUUAUUUAAAUUUGUUUCAAGUGUGACAAUAAAUUUCAGUAAGCUUUG